UUAUACUAUUAAGUAUAUAGAAUGAUUUGAAGUUAAUGGUUGUAAAGUUAUAUAUAUAUAAAUACCAUUUUGUAAAACGAAAAAGAUAUAUGAUGAUAAAGGGAAUUCAGCAAAGAGAAUUUUCUUUUCAACAAAGCCAUUUACAUUCAUAUUUUUACUUGUAUCGUAAAUUUGUAGUAAACGAUAACAUAAGUGGAAAUAAUCUAAAAUAUGAGAACUAUACAGUGAAUACUUCAUUUGCAAAAUUUCCAUCAACUGUCUCAAACUUGAUUGUUCCUUCGUUUUCACACCAAUCUAGUAAUAGAACAUUCAACUGUGCUAUUGUAACUUCACCAAGAAGCUUGUUCAAUUAUUUAUCGUUGUGGAUGAUUAACUGUAAAUGUCUUGGAAUGAUAUAAUUCCAAUACUUAUGAAGCCAAAUAUUUGAGAACUGCAGCUAGAUAGAAUAGAACAUCUGCACCAACUCUCUCAGCAUAUUUGUCCUUAUGUUGAAGAAAAUGUACAUGACCAUUUAUUGAACAAAUAUUAAAAUAAACAGUAAAUUAAUUUCUAAAAGAAAGAUAAGUUUAAAAUU